GAAUACGUCUCGCUUAAGUCUUACAAUUGCUCAAGAUAGAACCAGAAAGGCUUCACCACAGAAAAGAUUAUCCGAAUGACAGGUCGGUUUCUCAAUGAAGUCACGCCUGAGUAAUCACAUAUUUUUCUACAAGCAGAAGAAAUGAGGCCUGAUAGUGCUUCUCAAAUAAUGAGACUCCUAGGGCAGACACGCAUUCCUUCAUUUGAAAAUAUCAGCAAUCUCUCCAUGAACAGUGACUGCACCCAGGUUGUAGUACCAGAAGAAGUCUUUUUCACAAUUGCCAUUGCUGGAAUACUGGAGAACCUACUUGUCCUUAUAGCUGUGAUCAAGAAUAAGAAUCUCCACUUGCCCAUGUACUUGUUUAUCUGCAGUUUAUCAGUUUCGGAUAUGUUGGUCAGUCUGUACAAAACUUUGGAGAACAUCUUGAUCAUCUUAGGCAAAAUGGGGUAUCUGACACCUCGUGGAGACUUAGAGACCAAGAUAGAUGAUGUCAUGGAUUCUUUAUUUGUUCUGUCUUUGCUGGGGUCAGUUUUCAGCUUGUUAGCCAUUGCAGCUGACCGAUACAUAACUAUAUUUUUUGCAUUACAGUAUCAUAACAUCAUGACACUGAAUCGUGCUUUAAUCAUCCUGGCAGUAAUUUGGACAUUCUGUGCGGGGAGUGGCAUUGCUAUGACCAUCUUCUCCCAUGAAACAGCUACAGUCAUUUCCUUCACUAUUCUGUUUCCUUUUAUGUUAAUUUUUAUAUUAUGCCUCUAUAUCCACAUGUUCCUGCUUGCACGAACUCAUGCCAAAAAGAUUGCUUCACUGCCUACCAGUGCAGUUCCCCAGAGAGUUAACUUGAAAGGAGCUAUUACAUUAACUAUUUUAUUUGGUGUUUUCCUUUGCUGUUGGGGACCCUUUCUUCUUCACAUCCUCCUCAUGAAGUUUUGCCCACUUAACCCUUACUGUGCUUGUUACAUGUCCAUUUUCCAUGUGAAUGCUACACUCAUCUUGUGCAAUGGCAUCAUUGACCCUAUGAUUUAUGCGUUCCGAAGUCCAGAAUUACGGAGUACAUUGAAGAAAAUGUUCUGUUGCACCAGGUCAGACUGGAAUUAGUGAAUACCAAAUUUGAAAAAUGUUUGUAAAAUUAAGCCUACAGUGCCGUGCAUAAUACUGGUAAGAAUGAUGUUCAGAAUUAUAGACACUAACUAAGACCAGAAUUCUACAAAAAAUGUACGCAUAUUCUUAACUUAAUACACUUUGGGUAGUCCCAUUGACCUCAGUAGAACUAUGAAUUCAGCCUGCAGCAGGUGCAGAAGGGCUGAUCAUGGGAAUGGAGAGCCUGUGUUCCAUCUUAAAAGUAAUUAAAAUCUUAACCAACUGCUUAACUGAGAAAAUGUACUAGGCUGAAUUCAACCCUGCAGUGACUCCUUUACAGUACAUAGAGAUGCACCACAGAGUUUAGGCCACUGAAUACUGUAUCAGUGCUUUCAAUUCAAGGAGAAAAUACUAUAAAACUCUUCUGGUGAACUAACUAGAAAAUUAGCUUUACAUUUUUUUCUAAACUGCUUUAUUAUUAUGUUUUCAGAAUAAGAAAAUAUUUAUUGUGAACCAAUACACACAGAUAUGGCUGGGUGUUGGCUGGUUUGAUUUUCUUGUUUUUAUAUAUAGCUAAUUUCAAAAGAGACAAGCAAGUUUUUUUUUUAAAGUGUCAAAAAUGUCAUUAGGAGGCUGAUGCCAAGCAGGAGAUAUUUUUGAUCCAAAAGACAUUUUUAGACAAAGUUUUAUAGUAAUUGGAAACAGGGAUUAAGAUUACAUGUGUUAUUAAAUUGUUAACUGAAGUAUAGUGUCACAGUCACAUCACUAUAAUACUGUUGUUCUGGAGGGUGUUAACGGCUGCCAUCAAUUGCAGUCUGGUUAAAGCUGAUAGGUGUACUAAUCACUCUUCUUUCAGGCUAACUGGACUUCAUGUGCAUUCUUUAUAAAUAAACAAGACUGCACCAAAGAAAUAAGUGAUUUGUGUAAUCAAUUUCUCCUCCUAAUAGGAGGAACUCAGCAAGGCCCCAAAUAUUGGCUAACUGCUUGAGCUAAAGGGGUAACUCUGGUGCCAGUAGUGGGAUAAAGUCCCUAUGGAGGGAAAUUGUGAGCUAAUAUUCCAGUUGAAGUAAACUGGAACAAAUGAGAGGUGCUCAUAGAAAUCAAAGUUGACCAAAUGGAAUUAAAACAAGACCAAAAACAAGAAUUAAACAAAAGCUGGAGAUUUCACAAAAGGAAUUAAGGAAAUAUCUGGAGGUUUCCUGGAAGUGACUGAGAGUUGACCUGCAGUCAGAGAUAACAUUAUUGUUGUGGCAUCAGCCAAAAAGCAUCUAGGCAAAUUUGGAAGCCCAACCACAAAACCCUCUAUUUGGACUGGUAAACUGGAUUAGUGAGAUGACUAGCAACCUAACUACCUUGGACCAGGAAAUAAUGGUGACCAAGAAAGCUUUGGCCAACUUGGAACUUGCUAACAAUGAUGAACUGCAGCAAGAACUUAAGGAGCUAAAAAAUCAUCUGGAGCAGGAAUUCAAAGAAUCACAGACCACAGUGGAAGUGAUUCCCCAUCCAUUCUUCCUGGAUGGGGAAUCAGAUCAGCCAUAAAACCUGUGUAAUACAGGACAUUUACAGUAUCAAACCUGUUUAUAACCCAUGCAGGCCCAGAUAGAAUAGGUGGGAUUCCUCUCAUAAAUAGUAGGCUUUUGUAUUAUUUGAGAAAGGGAAAAGUUCCCUAAAAGAGGCUUAUUUGGCUCAGUUCAUCAUCAUAGCCUAAAUGAAUGCUGGGAAGAUGGACAAAAGGCAGGGUUCCAGGCAGGAAGAGAAGAUGCAAACAGCCACAUGCCAACUUUUCACACAUCCUCUAUACUCUCUCUCAAAAACUUUGUGUUGCUAUCUUUUCUUCUCCAAGCUUGUGUAUCUUAGGGGUGCUGGGUGAGUUGCUAUUACCAGUUAACAUUAAGAAGUGGAUUGCAGUAACUAUUUUAGUGGCCAAAAGAGUUAUUUUGAGAAAAUGGAAAUCUGCAAUUCCUCUCUCAUAUGCAAACUGGCUUAGUGAGCUCUCCACUACUGCAUUAAUGGAAAAAAUGACUGUCUAAAUAGAAGUGCUUGGGAAAAAAUAUGAGGAUGUCUGGUCACACAUGACUAUUGCAUACUUUUGCAGUUUAGUAUAUAUUAGUCCCUGAUACUCAUAGAUUAUGUUCCCACUUAUUUAUCUAUUUAGUGACUUUAAUAAUUAAUGCCCUGCGUGACCUAUAUGGGUUCAGAGGUGGGGUUGUUUGUAUUUUUGUUUUUUCUGGUUUUGCA